GCAAGAUGUCUUUACGGCCGGACACUUUCCAAACGGAGAUCACUUUAUGAUGUCCUGGAUGUGCCGCACUCCGCCACACAGGCUGUAAUUAAAGCCGCGUAUCAUGAAUUGUCGCUGAAAUAUCAUCCAGACGUGAACAAGAGCGAAGAAGCUCAGCAUAUGUUCACAGGUUUGUUAGCAUACAAAAUAUCUUUAUAGUCGAUAUGUAAAGGCUCAGACAAGCUAAUGAGGCCCAUGUGGUAGGAGCUCUUUGUAGCAUGACGCUCUCUGUAGUAUUUUGGACCAUUACAGUGAAUAUCUGCACCCCUCUUUCUCUCGGUGGUGGACAAAACACUGACCCCCAGUCCAUGGACUACCCAUAUCGAUUACGCUAAAAUCGACUACCCCACUGAAGUCUAGUGAUUUAAGGUUAGGAAACUGAGUGAAUCAGGUUUCAUUUCGGGAAACUGAUGUGAAGCUUGUUUCACUCAGUUUCCUAACCCAUAUCACUAAUCUUCAGUGGUAUAGUUCAUUUUAGAUUAGUCCAUAUGGGUAGUCGAUGGGGGUAGUGCAUGGACUGGCUGGCCAUGGGGGUCAGUGCUUUUCCCACCACCCUCCUUCCCAGUGAUGUAUAGAGUCAUAGAUCAUGUAUAGAUGUAUAACGAGUCAUUCCUGAAGUGGUAGCUAUUUCAAUAUCUUUGGUCAAAAGAAACAUCCCCCUUUCUCUGAAUGAGGAACUGUGUUCUUUUGGGACUUUGACCCUUUUAUUUCCUAUAAGCACAGGUAGCCCAAGCUCGAAAUAUGAGCAUCGGCGAGCAUCGGCAUUGUUGUGUAACAUUCAAAAUAUAAGGAUUUGUAUGGGGAAAAAACCUACCGUUUCUGUAACCUACGAAAAUGAAAGGUUGUCAAUUAAAAAAAACAGCUUACCUUACUUAAAAUGUGUGUUACAUCUCUCCUGUGUGAUCCACGGGCCGAUUUAUGGCCGUUUUAUGGGUUUUAUGUAAAUGGUUUUCUCUCUAUAUAAAGGUUUACCAAGGUUGGGCACUCCAGCGAAGCGGCUCGAUUGAUCCACAGAAGGAAAACGGCCGGAAAUUCUCUUUAACUACUCCAAUCACCUCCAAAUUCCGCCUAGGUAACACACGAUACUUCUUCUUUCCAUUCGUUAUCUUGUUUCAAGACUCCUUUGCACCGAGAGCGAAUCAAAGGCUGCAAAUCUCUGCAACCUCUCCCGUCUGAAGCCAUCGACAGAGGCUCGGCCUGAACUCCGCGUUACCGUUGACAGAUAGCGACAAGGCCUGAGACUCAAAUUACUCACACUCGGGGUGCUCCCGUUGUUUUCCUAUUGUGUCAACGGGAGCAAGAGACUGUCUCCCACCCCGAGUGUGAGUAAUUUGAGUCUCAGGCCAUGUCACUAUCUGUCAACGGUAAGGUGUAGUUCAGGCCGAGCCUCUGUCGAUGGCUUCAGACGGGAUAGGUUGCAGAGAUUUCUGGCCUUUGAUUCGCUCUCGGUGCAAAGGAGUCUUGAAGCAAGAUAACGAGUGGAAAGAAGAACUAUCGUGUGUUACCUAGGUGGAAUUUGGAGACGAUUGGAGUAGUUGGAGCGAAUUUCCGGCUGUUUUCCUUCUGUGGAUCAAUCGAGCUACUUCGCUGGAGUGCCCAACCUUGGUAAACCUUUAUAUGGAGAGAAAACUGUUUACAUAAAACCCAUAAAACGGCCAUAAAUUGACCCAUGGACCACGCAGGAGAGACGUAACACACAUUUUAAGUGAGGUAAGCUGUUUUUUAUUGAAAUCCUUUCAUUUUCGUAGGUUACAGAAACGGUAGGUUUUUUCCCCAUACAAAUCCUUAUAUUUUGAAUGUUAUGCAACAAUGCCGAUGCUCGCUGAUGAUCAUAUUUCGAGCUUGGGCUACCUGUUCUAUAAGGGGGAAAAACUCCAAGAGGGUUUAAUAUACAGGUGUGCAAGUGCUAGACCAGGGUUUUUCUUGACAUUUCUGCACUUUUAGUUUAAUAGAAAGCAUUGUUAACCCUUUCAGCCCCAAUAGCCACAUACAAAUUCCCUUCACUUUUCUCCAUGCAUUUUUUUAAUGGAUUUGUUUAGAGAAUUUGAUAACAGAUAAAAGCAGUUGGUGAUCAUGGAAUUUUGAUGUAUUGAUGUUGCUGGGAGAAAAUUGAUGUUGGUCACUCUGAAGACUUGAAUGGCUAAAGACAUUAUUUAUUAGUAUUUUAUUAUUUAUAGUGUAGCCUGUGAGAAAGCUUCCCUAUUUGGGCGAGCAAAGCGAGCCACGCGAGAACAAGUGAAGCGAGCCACGCGAGAACGAGCAAGUGAGUGGUGAAGCUGUGAGAGGCCAAAGAAAGGAGCUCUCCUUUCUCUCCCCCGCCCCUCGCGUUUGCGUCUCCUCUCGUGUGCCUCUCGGUCGUCUACUUUUCACAAUAUCCCCAAAAUGGAGAGUUUGCUCGCAGGCUAUUUAUAGUGUGCCCUUUGUAUACAAAUAAUCACAGGGAAACAUGUCUUAUUAUUGGUAAGCUCUAUUUGAGGUUAAAAUUGUGGGAAAAGGGAAACUUAACUGCUAAUGUUUCAUGCAUUUUGUUUGGGCAUUAUUAAAGGCAUGGUAUUUGGGUGGUUCUACAUAACAUUAGUUUCUGAUGAGUUUUUUUUGUUUAUAUAACAUCAUUUUUCGGAACUGACCAAGGCAUACAGUGUGCUUAGUAAUUUGAAUUCAAGGAGGGAGUAUGAUAAAGAAAUUGGUGCUUACUUCACUAUGAUGAGUGUAAAGAAGAAAGAAGCUGGCGAGAAGUUGCUGCGACUGACAGAUGAAAUGUUAGAGAUUGACAUGAAUGGGACAAGAGAAGUAAUAGUAUUUUGUUAAGUUGUUGUUGGUGUUAAAUGUAGUAUCAAAUGUUUCUUUUAGUUGUUUUAAUUGGAAACCUUAUUAAAUUAGGAGAGAUAAUGAAAAUAGAAAUGUAUAUGUUCUGGUUCAAUUUUAUCCUUGGUUUAAGUUUUAUCACCCUUUUGGGGGGGAAAGGGGUUGGAGGGGUGUUAUGGGCGGUAAUGUAUGAUAAUGAGUAUAAAAGAAAAGGAAGUAAAAUUUAAACCAAGGAUAAAAUUGAACCACAUUAUAUACAUAAUGUAUGCUGUAAAACUCAGAAAGCAGUGGAAAGAUGGGAAAUCUUGCUCACUCAGGAUUUGCUGCCUUGGUCCCACAAGAAAAAGUUCUCUUUUUGGCAUAAAUCUUUUAUUCACCAUUUGCACAUCUCCCAAAAUACACCUUGUUUGUCCCCCAAACUUUUGCAUAACCUUGGGUUUUGAUUCCCCUUGGGUAUUUCAGUGGUCCCAAAAGAAAUUGAAGAGACUGCUUCUGCAAAAUUUUGGGGGGCAAACAAGGUGUAUUAUGGGAGGUGUGCAAAUGGUGAAUUGUCCACGCUUGUUUGGUCAAGAUGGCCGGAUAAUGGCCUUGUUCUUUUUUGUGUUCUUACUGAGUUGACUUUUACAAUGGACUUGGUUCAUAAAAAAGCAAAUAAAAAGAACUUUGACCAAUUUCCAGCCAUGCUGACUUCAUGAACGGUCAGUAAGGCCCAGUUCAAACAUCGAACUUUUCAUGUCCCGAAUAAUACACAGACCUAUAUUCAUGCCAACUAGAAUGGUACAUGUUUGACAGUUGAUUCAGAUGUCCUACGAUAUACAAUGGUGUACAAUGCUUACCAGGGAAAAUACAUUAUAGUAAUGUAUGCAGUAGUGUUGGCACAUAAAAGUUUGGCGUUUGAAACCAAGGCAAAAUUCUCAUGCGUGCCACUCUUUUUUCUUUGAUUUAUGCGUCGACCUAAAUUAGCCAUGUUGGACUUCAAACAUCCAUCCCUUCAUGUAUUUACUGUCAAACUCGGAAAACCGUGAACACCUGAAAAAUUUCAGGAAUGUUGAUUGUGUACUGACCAGUCACAAUAAAGUUCAGGACAUGCGAGCAAACCUCAAAACCACAAACUAAUUACCGUUGUUGUUUGCGGUUUAGUUAUCUCAUGCCUUAUUGGAUUAUUUCUCGCAACACAAUAACAUUGCAUAAAUAUUUCUGGUGUUCACAGUUUUGUGAGUUUCACAGUAAUUGAAGGGAUUAGGUUGGGUACAUGAAAGGUUCAACCUUUGAACUGACCCUAAAGUUACUCAUAUAUGAUAAUAAUGUAAAAAAAUCUCUUUUAAUAGCAAGAGUAUUCAGCAUGUUUGUGUUUUUUCUUUUUCACACCAGAGUGGAGUAUUUCUCAGCACCAUUGCAACUCUUAGCACUGUAAUGGGUGUCCUAGUUAGACUGACCAAUUUAUCUGUUCCUAACGGUUGUCUCCAGUCACAUGGCAGGAGAGUGCUUCAGCUUCUGCGCAUGAUCUGCAAUGGAACACUGGCUGCAAACACAGGACUGUCCACCGGAGAGUUGCUGAGUGGGCACUUCUCAGCUGAAGCUGGGAGAUUAGGGUAUGUUGCAAUAUCCACAUGUCUGAUUCCAUACAUUUCCUUUUUAACAGAAUAGUUGAGAAAAUUUGUUCAAUGAUCACUGAAUUUUUCCUUUUAACUCUCAUAACCUUCUUGCUUGAUUAUGUAUUGGUAUGGUUAGGAGAAAAUUGAUGUUGGUCAUUAUACAUGUAAAAAGAAAGUAGCAGCUGCAAUGACAUGUUUAAACUCAGGUGUUACAGACACGGAGGAAAAGGGGUACAGUGUCUGAAAAGCAGAUUACUCUGUACCUGUAUCAAAUUGCAGAGAAAAUGAAUUUUGCAGGUCAUUCUUUCUCGACAAGGAUGUGCCAAACAUUUUUACUGAUUAAUUGAACUGACAAUAAUUACAUUGUAUUACCAAUUACAUCCCUCAAAACUAAAAAUUUAAAAAUGUAGUCCUGACUAGCACAGCUACAAAAUCUGCCAGCUUGAGGCUACAGUGCAUAUGUACACAUGUAUUAAUUUUGUAACAAGGCCUUACAAAUCUCUUCACAUUUUUACAUCGCCAGUGUAAGACGAAACUGAAAUGGACAGACCGCCAAAACAUCGCAAUCUGUUCGAAACAUUUUAAUAAGAGACAUUUCUUGCAAUGGCGUUUGUUCUGUCGAGUCCUUCUUGAUCGUCGUCGCGUCGCGUGACAUCCAAGUUUAUGGCGACUACUGAUGGUAUGACCAUGUCGAUAAUUUGUUUGUUGUUUGUCUUUCUGUGACCAAGAGGGGGAUCUUUAAUGUUUGGUUACCAGCGUUAAUAUACAUAACGCUUCACAUGGGCCCAUCAUAGUCAAGUCUUACUGGUCGGCGGACUUCAGCGCAUUUUCCGCAAAGUUUGCGUGAGGAUAAUCACGACCAAGGUCACGAACAUUUCUAUGUAUAGAUUAAAACAAUCAACAACGAUGGCGUCUGAUUCAGUAAAAAAAGCCAGCGUGAGAGAAGACCGGUUGCUCUUUAUGCGAGGUGUUGUAGCAGGCAGCGUGUUUUUGUUGCUGGUAGCUCUUCUAGCAGUCUACGGUCCUAUACCAAGACCUCAUCUGCCAAGUUUGGAAGCCUCUAACUAGUUUUCACGCUCCAGUGGCAAGCUGUUUCUGCUUUUAGUCUGAUUGCAGGUAAGAAUGUUUAACUUUUCUGAGUGCACGUUGUUUCGUUGUUUCUUUAAUUUCACGAGUGAAUCAACUUGAGUACAUGUACAGGUGUAUAUACCAAGCGUCCUCAACAUCGUUUCGUUGCGUCCAUAUUGUUGGACUCCUUGCCAUGUCCUUGCAGUCCUUUUACUAUUUCCCCGUUGUCCACCCUUUAUGUUUUGAACGAACACUUGUUCUGGUGAAACUCUGUUGUCACAGACUCAUAGAUUGCGUGACACAUGUUGGACAUCUGUCAUACGUGCACACUUUUGUCUGUUCCCCGUGUUUUAUAGUAAAUUCACGUAGUAUUUUAGUUUGUUUUAUGUUAGUGGUGCUGUAGUCAUAACCGCCAACACAGAGAUUUCGAGUUUUUAAUGUUAAUGAUUAUGAUAUAGUCAGUGAUAGGACGAACUGAGUGUAGCAUUUGUUGCUGAAGCAUUCAAUUUAGCUUUCAAUUCGAAGUCAUUCUCAAAAAUAUCUUCUUCAAUGCUCUUUAUGAUGAUGUACUGUAGCUCACAAUUACAGUGUACAACUGUAUGUGUAAUGCAUGUUACUGCUGUGACUGAAGGAGAAAUUGAGCAAGACAUUGUUCAAUUCAAUGCACAUGUAACACCAGCUAAGACUUCUUUGAAUCUGCCUGCAGGUCUGGUGUGGGUAGAGGCAACCCGAGGACUUACAACAGCAAUUAAUCCUCUGGACAAAGACGCAGAGAAACAGAAUCUCAGUGGGGUAGCUCCUCGUUACGUAUCCAACACACUAGAGCAGUAUCUACUGAGUUCUGGAGAUUCGCUCAUUCUGUCAUCUCAUCUGUCAUCUGAAAACAUGCAUGUUAUUCCAGUGCUGGUGAUUCUCUUCACGUUUGGUCGCCUCACGUUCGCUCUCGGCUACAAAUACUAUCAUGCUCAUCGGGCAUUUGGGCAUAUGAUCACAGCCUUCCCGACUGUUUAUUUUAUGUGUAUUGUGUAUACAGCUUCGCCAGGAAUAACUUCGGUUACAGCAAUAGAAGGCAUGUUUGAUUUUAUCAAAAGCGUUCAUUGGAAUGUUAAAGUUUAG